CAAACGGACACAACACUAGAUCAGAAGCAAACCUGUCUUAACUUCCUCUUGACUGUGGUUCAGGUCCCUGUUAUUUAGAAAGCUGCUCUAAACCCGUGUGAAAGAAACAAGACUGCAUCAUGCUGAAGUGUUUGAACAUCCUGAAGAUCUUCAAGCUCCUUCUUUUUCUGCUCAUAUGGUGUCAAUCAGCAGAGACUUUAACAGAUCAACUAACAGAUUUGGGUCUAAAUGUGUCUAUAAACUGUGAUCUUGAUGAACAGGAGGUUAACUGGUUAUUACUGAAACUACCAGAUCCUCCAGUGAUGAUAUUACUCUCUUCUACAACUUCAGCUAAUUUUUACUACAAUAAAACAUUUAAACACAAAUAUUCAGUGCAGGGUAAACAUCAUCUGUUCAUAAAUAAUGUUACUCUUGAUGAUUUAGGACUUUAUUACUGUGUGACCUCAAGUCCACCUCCAAAAUACAACAACGGCACCAGACUGUACAUCACUGAACUAACUCUAAAUCUAGAGAACAAGAAUCAUACAGUGGUGAAGUAUAUUAAUCAGAAUCAGACACAAUGGCAGAUUAUCCUCAUCUCUGCUGGAAUCAACGCUCUUCUGAUCAUUGUGAUCAUAGGUGAGUCUUUGAUUACACCUGAAUGAAUCCACAUUAGAACAUUAUGGGCUUAAAUUCAGAUCAUACUAUCUGUGUGCACUAUUUUUAACAUGUUUAAUGAACAUUUGAACAUCUAUUACAUAUUGACUACAAUGGUUAUGUUAAUAAAAACAAAUUAUAUGUUUUUGGCUGAAUGUUAAAUCUGAAUUCACUUUUAAGGACUAUUAAAGCUUCUUGUUGACGGAAGGAACAGAGACAACCUGAAACAAUUUCAAGAUACAAAUCUUCACGUUCUGGAUUUUGAACAAUCUCAAGACUCAAGCCAAACACGGAUACGUUACACGAAAAUAUGAAGUAUGUACAGUAUAUAAACAUCUCACUCCAUGUUUAAGUAUAAAGCUUAUGUAUAUGUGCUGAUAAUGCUUUUAUACACCAGUGUAUGUGCUGUUUAGGGGCAUGUCAAUAUAUAUACGAACAUAAUACCUAAUUAUGCAUGAGAGACUGUAUUUGCCCUAAUCACAUAGUUCUAAAGUCAGGAACAAUGAAAUAAUGUGAUUUUCCUGCUUUCUGCAAGACUUGUUCUGUGCUUCUCUCAUCGGUCUAUUUCUAUUUUUGUAUAAAGUUGCAGUCAGUAACCAGAUAAUUAAGCCACAGCACAAAUGAAAUGCUCUUGACCACAAUAAAUCUGUUUGUAUUUCCGCUGUGUUGUGAAUCUUUGUUUGCUGAACGUGGCCAUGUGUUUUGUGUAAAGACUACAUCUAAGGAUCUGGAUUUUGGUUGAGCUACAUAUAUGCCUGUAAGUAGCCUAGUUGACAUGAAACAUGUCUCACACUUUAAUUUUUUUUUUCUUUUUUUCUGAUUCUGGUAUAAAAUAUAUGUCCAAGACAUGACUUGACACCAUAUACUUAUAUGUGAUUAUAAAAGGGAAGUAAACAGAUGUUCAUGAUUGUGAGGGAGGGACUGAGGAAGUGAUUAUUGAAGGAAUGUCUGCUUCAGUAAUCUACAGGACUCGGUUUAGAGAGCAGACUCCAGACGAGGCUCGGUCCCUGUUAUUUAGAAAGCUGCUCUAAACCCGUGUGAAAGAGACAAGACUGCAUCAUGCUGAAGUGUUUGAACAUCCUGAAGAUCUUCAAGCUCCUUCUCUUUCUGCUCAUAUGGUGUCAAUCAGCUGAGACUUUAACAGAUCAACUAACAGAUUUGGGUCUAAAUGUGUCUAUAAACUGUGAUCUUGAUGAACAGGAGGUUAACUGGUUAUUACUGAAACUACCAGAUCCUCCAGUGAUGAUAUUACUCUCUUCUACAACUUCAGCUAAUUUUUACUAUGAUAAAACAAUUAAACACAAAUAUUCAGUGCAGGGCAAACAUCAUCUGUUAAUAAAUAAUGUCACUCUUGAUGAUUUAGGACUUUAUUACUGUGUGAGCACAGAUACACCUCCAAAAUACAACAACGGCACCAGACUGAACAUCACUGAACUAACUCUAAAUCUAGAGAACAAGAAUCAUACAGUUGUGAAGUAUAUUGAUCAGAAUCAGACACAAUGGCAGAUUAUGAUCCUGAUAUCUGUUCUGUUGAAUGGUGUUCUGAUCAUUGUGAUCAUAGCACUAAUAAAGAUGUUUGCUCUUGGAAGCAAGAGAACCAGAGACAACUCGAAACAAUCCCAAGAUGCACACUUACAACAGCCUCAAGCUAUGGAUCUUGAAGAACCACAGAAUUCAAGCCAAGCACAGGACAUUAUGGCAGACUUUUCCACACCAUGUAAAAAGUUUCAGCCCCGCCAAAUAAAUGAGACAUAUGCACUUCUAGAGCUGCCAGAAUCAACACCAGUUAAUAACCUCUGACCCUUUUAUUUUUAUUUCUCAUUAUAUUUGAAAACAAAUUAGAUAUUGCAUAACCAUACAUAUGUAUCUCUUUAAUCAACAUAUUUAGCUCAUUAGAUGUUUUUGACCCAAAGAAUUGUGUGUUUCAUUCAGUAUAGCAUAGAUUUAAAAUGAAUUGUAAGCAAGCUAUGCUUAUCACUAAUCUAAUUUAGAUGUGACAUAGUAAACUGAUAUGACUUUUAUUAUUAUUAAUUGAGCUUGCAAAAUGAUCAAUUACAUUGGCAGAAAUACAGCUCAAUACUGUAAUGUUUUUUGAUUUGUGCUUAAAAAUUUUUUAGAGCUCAACACAAUUGUUGUAGAUUUAAGCUGUAAGCCAAACAACAGAACAAGCUCAAAAUGCAGUUUUGCUUGAUCUGCCUAUUUAUGAUAAUGUUAUGUUGAUGAUGUUAGUUGUCUUGAUGAUGAUUCACUGUUCAAAAGUCUUUGUACAAUGAUUUUCUACAUAGCUGUGCUCCUUUCUU